CAAAAAAGAAAAGUAAGCCCCUUUUAGCAUUGCACGAGCUCCCCAAUGAGCACGUGGUCCUUCAGUAGGUGAACUCACAGAUUCAUAGUGAAACAUGAAGAUUUUGUUGACGUUCGCCCUUGCGCUUUUAGCAGUGUCCAAAAGCUUUUCGACAGUAGCUGAUGCCGGUUGGAGAAUUCAUGAUCCCUUCAGCAAUCCUAAAUUCUUGCAGCUGGCGCAUUACGCACUAACUCGUCAACCAAAUGCAGGAGGCAUUCCUGGUGUUGCGGUACGACUACAUCAAGUCGCGACACAGGGGACCUACCAGACAGGUGUGCGGUAUUUGCUGAGCUUUGACCUCGUUCCACUAACCUGCUCCUCGCACUACGUGCCAAGUUAUGAGAACAGCACCAAGGCAUCAAGCUACACUUCCGUAUUUUGCAUCAUGGGGGAGGCGAUGAACUCCUGUUCGGCGCUCGUAUUCGAAGAGCCAGCGGGCAACGCUAUUCACAUCCUAGGAAUAGACUGUCUUCACUGAAUCCACCGUUUGCUUAUACUGGGCGCCAAAAACAAUACCAAAUAAAUAUUUCAACUGCGCUGAAAAGAUAUUGAAAGUGAAUA